CUUUUUUGACUUUUGUGAUGUUUCGCUUUUGUUGGCUUUGCUUUUGUAAUUUUUGUAAAAUGGCAUGUUGUUGAUGAAAAAAUUUAUUCCUAAAUUCUUGUUAAAAUUCUCUCUACCAACAAUUGAAACAAUUAAAUUCAUUAAAAAUGACUGAAGUUCGUUGCAAUAACUGUAAUGAACUAAAUGAUAUAAAUGCUAUAAAAUGUGAAACUUGCAAAGCUAGCCUUUACAACCCUGAACCUCAUUACUCCGACGACGAAGAAGAUGAAUGCGAAAAAGAUUUUCGUUUCAUCGAAGAAGCUGAGUAUACUGGCGAAGUAUACAAAUUAGAAAAUCUUGAUGAAUUGGAUCACAAUUUCCAUCAUCAUGGACAAGAAAUCAAAUCUGAAAGUGGAUUUGAUACAAAUAUUUGUUGUCAAAUUCCUAAUACUUUUGUGGAAAGCAUUGUAAAGUUGGAACAUGGCGAGGGUGAUAGCGAGAAUGUUACAUUUGAAAUUCAUACAGUUGAAUCGAAUUCAACUGAUGUCAUUGGUAAUGAGACAGAAUUUGAAAACAAAAAGAAUUUAGAUCUCAAUGAUAAUGCUAGAGCGAAGAGUAAAAUUCCUAAAAUAAAUAUUAACAAAAAGAUCAAACGUAUUGCUUCAGAAGGAAGUGAUUUACCGACAUCAGGGGUACAAUACCCGUGCACACAUUGUCCAAAAAGAACCGCUUGCAAUCACACCAUGACAGACCAACCUGAACCCGAACCCAUGGAUCUAACGGAUCUACCAUCCGCAUCCACGUCUGCAACGCCAUUCCCUAAGCAACCAACAAUCACUGCUAAAAAAUCGAAGGCUCAGAGACAACGUGAAUACAGACAGCGUUUAAAAGCUACCAGAACAUCUGAACAGGCAAUAGCUGCAAGGAAAUCGGAUGCCGAUAGACAUCGAAACAACUACAAACUACACAAAGCUGCCAAAUCGACUCUUGUCAAUAGUUUAUUAGAAUCAAUUAAUGCAUCUUCUUUUCAAACUUUAGCAGGAGAACAAACACAAAUCACUGUUCCACGAGAUGUUUCUGAUCAAAUUGAAAACCAAUCUACUACUGCCUGGAAUACCAAAUGGGCAUCGGCGAUCUUGAGAUUCAAAACAACUUUUCUCGACAACGAUUUUGGUUAUGCUUGUUCGGUUUGCGACAGACUUUGGUUUAAGAAUGACCUUAAACCCAUCACUUCGGAACAGUUGGUGGUGAUCUCGGAAUGGUCCAUCAAAGAAAAUCAACAACAACUGUGCCUAGAAGAAUAUAAAAUUGUUUGCAACACUUGCAAACGUUCACUCAACAAAAAGUCCAUACCGCCCUUGGCAAAAUUAAAUGGAUUUUCAUAUCCAGAUCAACCACAAGGCCUACCACCAUUGGAUCCCAUUAGUGAACGAUUAAUAGCGCCACGUCUGCCAUUUAUGCAAGUUCGUCGUUUGCGCCAUGAUUCCUUUUAUGGAAUUGUAGGCCAAGUAAUCAACGUACCAUCAGUAGUCCAAGAGAUGGUAAAAUUUUUGCCGCGUCAAUUAUAUGAGGAUGACGUCAUUAAUGUUAACAUCCAGCAAAAACUUGCUUACAAAUCCGUCGACAUCAGCGGAUACAUGUCUCAAAGUACAAUCAAUGCUUGGCUAACUUUACUGCAAAAGUCUCCAUUAUAUCGUUUGUACGAUAUCAAUGUGGAUUUGUCGAGAUUGCAUUCUACUAUACCGUUUCUCGGCAACAACCGUAUAGAAAAUAUCUCCUCUGAAUCUGAGAUUCUUACAUCAAAACAACAUACCAUGAUCUGGAACGAAGAAUGUCUUAAAGCAACACCUUCAAACACCCUCUCUGAGCGUCAUGCCGAAGAGUUGUCCUUUCCGUCGAUAUACUUCGGAGAGCCACGUCAAUUCAACAAGGCAGUUUCAGUAACAUCUUACAUGAUAGCGAAUAGUGAGAUACGACGUCGUGACAGACGCGGAGCAACGCCUCAAAAAAUCUUGUAUGUUGCAAUGAAAAUAUUGCGAUUGCGCAUGAUGGCUUCAGUCACAGAGAAUGUUAGUCGACCUAUGUUUGAAAACACUGAAUUUCCGAAAAACUUUGUUAUACAAAACCUCGCAUUUAUGAAAACAGUACCAAAUUCCGUCCAAUAUUGGGCCUCUCUCAAACGAGAUCUCUUUGCAUUAAUUCGUCAACUUGGUAAACCAACCGUUAUCCUAACUAUAAAUGCCAACGAAAUACAUUGGAUGAAAUUGCUAACUAUACUUCUUAAACUUAGCAAAAAAUACCCAGGAAAAACAGCAGAAGAUCUAGACACUUCUGAACGAUGUACUUUAGUGAACGACGAUCCUGUUACGUGCUGCAUAUACUUUCAUAAGCUCGUUGAUUGUAUAUUAAAAAUGCUGAAAUCCAAACAGACUUACAAUCCGUUUGGGAAGUAUUUCAUUAAAGAUUACUUCCUUCGUUUUGAGUUCCAGGAUCGUGGAAGCCCCCAAGCACAUAUUUUAUUGUGGUUGAAUGACGAUCCACGUGAGAUCGUGUCGGAAAAUAUGCAAAGAACUAUCGAUCUCGUGGAACAUAUAAGUUCGGUUGCUCGAGAUGAUGUACCAAACAAUUUUAUCUAUGCCAAUCAGAUACACGAACAUACUUUUACUUGCAAAAAACGAGGCGAGGAGACAACUUGCAGAUUCCCAUACUGGCCUAUGCCCAAGACCUGUGUACUGAUUCCGAUACCUCAAUCUGAUGGAGGCCUGAGACAAACGCUACAGCAAAAGACCAAGGAGCUACGUACUUCUCUCAGUGAAGGUCGAUACACAUGCAUGGAAGAGUUUCUUAAUGCUAAUGGUUUGAGUUACGAUUUAUACAUCGACAUUGUGCGUUCAACUUUGCACAGAUCAACUCUGAUGUUUAGAAGAAACUUUGACGAACUUAUGACAAAUACGUUUAAUCCGUACCUUGCCGGCGAAGUCAACUCCAACAUCGAUAUUCAGUUCAUCUUAGAUGAUAACAACUGCGCAGAGUAUAUUGUAGAGUAUGUAAAUAAAUCAGCCCGUGGAAUGAGUAACCUACGUCGUGAUCUUACCACAAUGAUGCUAUCCCAUCCCGAUCAAUUGAAAACGUUAAGUAUGAAACUACUAAACGGAAUUGAGAUGUCAGCACAAGAAGCAGCUUGUUAUCUACUACGACAACCAUUAAGUGAGACAAGUCGUCAAAUUGUGUACAUCCCGACAGUUUGGCCAACAGAAAGACAACCCUGUCGCAAGCGUCGUCAUCAAAUGGACCGGGAAAGCAUCGAUGGAGACAGUUCUGAUGUUUGGACUAAAAACAUAAUACAGCGAUAUGAAGAACGACCUGUAUCUUUAGAACAAGUCUAUUUGGCUGAGUUUGCUUCGUGGUAUGCUAAUGCUAAUGAUUUCGUUGACGAAGAAGACCAUGAGGAGCAAAUGGAUGAGGAUGAAGAUUUUGUACCUGAAGCGAGAGCUUCAAAAGUUUCAAAAGAAUAUCGUAGACGACCGCUGGGACGAGUUUUACGAUACAAACGCUACGAAAUUGAUGAUAUUGUCAAUUAUAAACGAGAAAUGGUUCUACUUUAUGUACAGUUUCGCAACGAAAUGUCGGAGAUUGUUGAUCAAAAUAAAUUUUUGCAAUUAUUUGACGAUAACAAGGAUAUGAUUAUGGAACGCCAUAACCUAUUCCAGAUAAAUUUAAGUAUUGAAUAUUUCACGAAGGAACUUGAAGCAAUGCAGAUUUUGCAAAACCAUGAUAAUAGCAAUUUGUUGGAAGAAGAAUCAAGAGCAGCGUUUGAAUAAUUAUUGUUAGGAGAAGAUGUUUUCGAAAAGGUCGUCGAUGAUGAUGUUAAUCAAAUCGUCCAACGACAAGUAUUUUCGAUUGUGAGAAUAUGCAGCAUUAUGAUGACAAAACAGCAGUAUUGCGAGCUUAUAAGAACCGCACCAUGAUCACGAAGAUCAUCCUCGAGUUCAUAAAAACGAAUAAAUUGAAGUUCUAUUUUGCAGUAUUGCUUCAGGUUUGGUUUUAUGACUCGAGGCAUUCUUGAGUUAAUAAAUCGAUUACAUGGUUACGGAGAUGACGUUUUUGAAGCACUACAAAUAUUCUUUUCGAGCUGUGGAACCUAAAGAGUGCCAACACAGGUAAUGCCACUGUAUCUCUUGGUUGCACUACUGUGCAUUCAAUGUUUUGUUUUAUAGCACUUCGGUAGUAAAAGAAAAACAACGUUUUGUUUAAGAUAAGUUUAGUAAUAGUAAUUUUAUUCAAUGUAAUUUUUGUCUAAAA